AAGUUGACAAAUCCAAGAAAUAUUUGGUUGUUUAAGUGACAAUUGAUGUAAAUGUCUGUAGCUAACAUGAAGCAGAAAUGAAAUAGACAACAAAGUUUAAUCAAAGUUAAAAUCUUAAUAGAAUGACCUUCAUCAUUGUACAGAUCUUCUAAAUAACGAGUCACUCAAAGCCAACUGUUUUUUUUUUACUCUCUAGGCCGGUCGUUCCAAACCUCUGCUUGCAGAAGUGGCAAUGUUACUUAGGCUGGGAAAGUCUCCAUUAUGCCCCAACGUCAUCAAAUUGCAUGAAUGGGUUGAGUAUAAGAGGAGCUUCGUGCUCAUCUUCGAGUACCCGCAACCAUGCCAUACCUUGCAUCAACACAUCAAGAAUUCAUCCGACAUUAAUGAAGAAAAAGCACGCUGGAUAAUCCGUCAGUUAAUCCAAGCUGUUCAACACUGCUAUGACCGUGGAGUCUUCCAUGGCGACAUGCACAGUGGAAACAUCCUGGUGACUGAAACCAGUUUAAAGCUCAAACUAAUUGACUUUGGUUGUGCUUAUCCAAUCAGCAGUGAGGGCAAUCUGAGCAGUGAAUAUCGAGGUAUGUUUCGUGUUACCAUAGCAGAGUGCAGUGUCAUUGAUCACGGUAUUGUCUUUUUGAUAACAGCGGUGCUUAACGCUAAAAAUGUUUCUCUCGCAGGAGCAGCACUCUGCACCCCACCUGAGGUCAUGCAGCAUGCCACGUUCCACGCUAACCCAGCAUAUGUCUGGGCAGUAGGUCUUGUGCUCUUUGAAAUCCUGCACGGAUAUUUACCCUUCGAGACCCACGCCAAAAUAUUGCAUGGCUGCGUCCAAAUUAAACCGACUUUAUCCUUAGGUAAACACAACAGACACAGACACAUUUAAUUGAGUAUAUUUAUACAUUUAUCAAAUUGUGAAAUUGUAUAUAUGUUAAAACAUUUCAGAAACUUUUUCCUUUGUCAGCAUUGAUGUUGAGUAAGACUAACCUCACUCUCCCUCUGAAAACUUUACAGCAUGCCAUGACCUGAUUUUCGAGUGUUUGGUCUACAAUCCAGCUAACAGACCGAUGCUAGAGCAUCUAGAACAACACAGGUGGUUUAAAAACUAGACAGCUGAUCCUGUGCAUCAACCAGACGAUAAAAGGUAGCGUAACACACGUAGUAGGUUUUAAAUUGUUUAUUAGUCCCCUCUUGCUUAAAAUACAGACAGAGAGACCAAGACAAAUCAGACUAAACCUAUUAUUUUUAUUUCUUAUAUAUUUUAGGAAAAACCUGCAGAAGGGAGGAAGAGGAACGAAGUCUGUGUUCUCUUUUGGAGAGUAUGGAAGGCUGUAAAGAUGUGACCUGAACAAGGUGGUGUGUCUUACACCACAGCCGGACCGAGAUGACUCUGAGCUAAAUACAAUAAAUAAACCAGAACUAAAAAGACGUACGAAAGCACAUAUUUUCAUACCUUUUGAAAUAAGGUGCAUUAAAGGUCAUUAAAUCCUUGCUUAAUAUGAAUAUAUUAAACUAAAAAUGUGCCUCCACGUACUAUUCAAUAAAAUUCUAGUACAUUUAGUCUGUUUAUUGAAUAAUA